GCAGGGAUGACAUGGGGCCGUGCCUGGGAGCACAGCUGUGGUUCUGCUGGGGAGGAGGCAGGGCCAGGGCAGCUCUGCCCUCCCCGAUCCUCCCCUAGGACUUUUUCAGGGGUGGGGACAUGCACCCCAACGGCCUCUCCUUGGCCUGACCCUGCUGCAGGGGCUCUCUGUCCCCACCGACAGUGGAGAUGGCCAGUUUAUUGAGCUCCUCUCUGCCCAGCUGUCUCCCCUCCCUCCUCUUCCUCCUCCUCCAGUUGACUUCCAGCUCUGCAGGACAGUUCAGAGUAAUAGGACCAGGGCACCCCAUCCGGGCGCUGGUGGGGGAUGAAGUGGAAUUGCCCUGUCGCAUAUCUCCAGGAAAGAAUGCUACAGGCAUGGAGGUGGGGUGGUAUCGGCCCCCCUUCUCCAGGGUGGUUCAUCUCUACCGAAAUGGCAAGGACCAAGACGAAGAGCAGGCACCUGAAUACCGGGGCCGCACGCAGCUGCUGAAAGAGACCAUUGGGGAGGGGAAGGUGACCCUCAGGAUCCGGAAUGUGAGGUUCUCAGAUGAAGGAGGUUUUACAUGUUUCUUCCGAGAUCACUCUUACCAAGAGGAGGCAGCGAUGGAAUUGAAAGUGGAAGAUCCCUUCUACUGGAUCAACCCGGGCGUGCUGGUGCUCAUCGCGGUCCUGCCAGUGCUCCUCCUGCAGAUCACCGUGGGCCUCGUCUUCCUGUGCCUGCAGCGCAGACUCCGAGGAAAACUCUGGGCAGAGAUAGAGAAUCUCCACCGGACUUUUGAUCCCCACUUCCUGAUGGUGCCCUGCUGGAAGAUAACCCUAUUUGUCAUCGUGCCAGUUCUCGGACCCCUGGUGGCCUUGAUAAUCUGCUAUAACUGGCUACACCGCAGACUAGCAGGGCAAUUUCUUGAAGAGCUAAGAAACCCCUUCUGAAGGACACCGCAUCUUGGCUGAGAUGCAGAAGAGCCUGGCUGGUCCAAGGAUCAGUCCUUGGGGAUGUCACAUCCAUUGAGUUGCACAUUCACUGGCCUCCCUCUUCGCUGCGGGGACAUUGCAAUCUGCACUUCAGGAAUGCUCUGAAUUCCAAACAGAAUCGACUUCUCUUCUGUCAUUACCUUGUCUGUCCCUUUCCCCAGCUCCUUCCUUCCUCUCCCCCUUUUUGCUGCCCACAUCGUUCUGCUCCUUGGCUUGUCUUCCACCUGGAAAUCCUCUCAGGCUAUAGCCAGGCAGGUGUUCUUCUGUCAGAGGACACCUGUGCUGCAGAGUAACACAGACAAGAGGGUCUCUGCCAUGAAAUGGAGACCAGGAACCUCCUCGUUGCAAAUUACAACACAUCAGCUUUGCAAAUGGUGGUCAUUUCUUUCAAGAUCUCAGCCCUGGUAGGCAGAGCUGAGGGGUGUGAAGGGUUGAAGAGAAGGUGCAGGAAAAGUCCACAAUAUCCAGGAGAGAGCCAAGUGACCUGCAGAGUGAGGACCUGGGGAGAAACCCAUAGAGUGCUGGCCAGAGCUCCAUCUUGCCUGGGCGGCUCAGCGAGGAGCCAGGGGAGCAAGGGAUGAGAAGGGAGCAACACGCCUGCUUUCAAACACCUCCCUUCUACUUCCACACCCCUCCAGAUGGGCCCCUCAGACUUCCCCUUCUCUCAUCCUUUCCCUCCCAUCUUCAUACCUAUUGAAGAUCCACUGUCUUUUUGAACAAUUACUACUUGAUGGUCUAUCAGACACAAAGAAACAAGCUAGGUGCUAAUUAAUAACAAUACAAGUUUCCAAGUGCCACUUCUUGUCCCCUUUCCUUUCUGUAUGUCCUCCACUAUCCCCUCACCUCUCUUCCUCUAUCCCAGUCUCCUUACCCUGGAGGUCAUUCCUCUGGAAAACCAAACAGAGAAAGACCUCGGGCGGACAGGCCAUUCAUUUCCCUUCCAAGACCUUCACUGCCUUCUCUGCUUUCUUUCUUCUGCGUGCCUUUUCCUCUCCCUUCCUCCCGUUUCCUGAGGGUCUAGAUCCAGGAGAAAGAUCCAUUUCCUUCCCUGCCACAGCAGAGGCAUUGGGAAAGAAGCCGAGCCACUGACCCAGGAUGGCCCAGCACUUGUGGGGACUGCCCAGGAACAGCCCCUUGCUUCUGUAGCCCCCCCAGUGACCCAAAAGGUCCUCUUUCUCCCCAAAGCAGACGUCGCAGAUAGGGCAACAGUAGAUCCUCUGCUUCCAAUGAGUCUGCUGGUGCCGGAUCAGCCCGGAGAAUAAAGUGAAGGACUUGCCACAGUGGAAGCAGCGGUUGGACUGCUCUGUGAAAUGGACCUUCUGAUGACUGGAGAGACGGGUUUUCUUGCUAAAAGUCAAGGGACAAUGAGGGCAAGAGAAGACCUUGCGUCUUGAAGGCUUCUCUGGCCCCCAGCUUCUGGCCUUGGUGCGUCUUCUGGUGGCGUUUGAGCUCAGACUGGUCCCGGAAGCACUUCCCACAGAAGGGGCACGCGUGCGGCCGGUAGCCCAGAUGGACACGGCGGUGACGGCUCAGUCCAGAAGCAUCGCAGUAGGUCUUGCCACAGAGUGAGCAGCGGAAGGGCCUCUCCCUGAGUUGCUUGCGCCGGCCGGAGCUGAGGUCCUUGGGGUUCUGGAAGGACUUCCCACACUGGGCGCUGUUGUGAACAAGCUGGUGGUUGUAGAGGCUGGAGCGCUUACUGAAGCACUUGCCACAGGUGUGACAGGUAAAGGCUGGCCGAGCCCAGGAUUCUGGCAACGCUGGUGUCUUGUCCGGGGACCCAGCUGGAGGAGAGGUUGGGCCUGAGCCUCUGUGAGCAAGGGAGGCCUUCUUGUCAUCAACAGUCCCUUCAUCUCCCACACUCUGACUCUGUUCUUGGCAUCCUUCCUUCUUGCCUCCUGGAGGGAACAAGAAGAAAGAUGGGAUUCAUCAUGACAGCCCUGACACAGCUCUCUGCUCAGUCCACACUGCUUCCUCUCCCACCCGACAUUCACCCUCACUCUUACACCUCAGAGACCAGAGAUAAGAAUAAACUUUUGGGUUUUCAAAUUAAAAGCAAAUAAAAAUUUAACUGGAAUCUUCCAACAA